CUUCGUUUGACAUGGUCACGCUGAAGUGGGAUGGCCGUGUGGGGCUAUGCCAGACGACGGACCAUGCGCGAGAAAGUGGCUGCAAAAUGCUGACAAAGACGACCUGGCGGCCGUCGCGGUGGAAUCAUCUGCCAACUGCAUGACGUUGCCUCAGACGUUGAACGGAUGUUGCGAUGGAGGACCUUUGUCUGGGCAAUGACGACAACCACAAUUGCUCUAUCUGUUCUAGACUGGCCUUACUGGAGGUGUGUGAGGCGCUAAUGUCGUGGAUGGAAUGGCACGUUGAUAGCAUUGAACCAAAUGUUAACCCACUCACCUGUUCCAAUGUCGAGUACAUUCGGCAAAAUCGGGUGCGCACGAAAGAAUCCCAUCGACCGAUGCCAUUGCGACAUCCUGCAAAUGUUUCGUCCAGUUUGCCGCCCUCAGCCGCGACGUGAACUUGCAAACCCUCGCAGACCUGGACACGCGCGCGAGGCGGGGCCACAAGUCACAGGGGACCAUGUCCCGUACGUCGACGCGUUUCUUGAUGAACACAGCAGACGUUCGCAGCUACCCCGGCCAAUUCGACAUCCCCCUCGACAACUACCUCAACGUCGAGUCCAAAAGAUGCCCAAAGUUUUGACUCUUUUUGCACUGCAUCCCACGGAUGUCAAGCCUAUUCAAGCACCAAUGGAAGCGUAAUAAUGGCGACAACACAAACGGUCCAUCACAAUCUUAACAUCACGUUUGCCUGGCCGACGCGCCGCUGCGCUUCUUCGCCUUGAGCACAGCCAGGUCUGGAAAC